GGUGGUUUCUUCGCGCGAAGGCGAAGGCCCGCAAGGGUGUUUCUUCGAGGAAUUCAUUGUUUGGGUCGGAGAUGGAAUAAGUAUGUUUCGCAGCUCUAUGCUCGACGUUUUAUUCCUUCGGUGCUGGAUUGUUCGUCCAGUGUGCGGCUAACCGGGACCACGGACUGCGUCGUGGACGAGUGCCGUGACCUUUUUAGCUCGGGUCUCGCUGAGAACCACGACCAUGGGUUAUGAUCUGUGUCGUUUUCAAGGCGAUGUUGAUGAGGAGCUCAUCUGCCCCGUAUGCUCUGGUGUUUUGGAGGAACCCCUUCAGGCUCCGCAGUGCGAGCACGCUUUCUGCCAGGGCUGCAUCCGCCAGUGGCUGUCACGACAGCAGACAUGCCCAGUGGACCGGCAGUCGAUCACGGCAGCCCAGCUGAAGCCCGUCCCCCGCAUCCUGCGUAACCUCCUGGCACGGCUGCAGAUGUCCUGCGACAACGCCCAGUUCGGCUGCGAGGCCAUCGUGAAACUGGACUGCCUGGCAUCGCACCGGGAGGCCUGUGAGCACAACCCCAGGAGGCCCAUGCCUUGCGAGCAAGGCUGCGGCCUCGUCAUUCCCAAGGACGAGUUGAAGGACCACAAUUGUGUCAAGGAACUCCGAGCUCUGGUUCAAUCCCAACAGCAGCGGCUCAACGAAUUUCAGCUCGAGAUUCGGGAGCAGUGGCGGGAAAUCAACGUACUUAAGGACUACAUCCGGGCGAUGAGGGCAGCCAACUCACCAGCACCUCCACUCCUGGAUUCGCUUGUCGAACAAGAUGAAGUGAUGGGGUGGGCAGCCAAACUGCAGCGAGCACGCGUCACACGCUGGGGCGGCAUGAUCUCGACACCCGAUGCGGUUCUCCAGGCCAUGGUAAAACGUGCGCUGACAGACAGUGGCUGCCCGCAGCACAUCCUGCAGGCACUGAUUGAGAAUGCGCACGAACGACGCUGGCCUCCGGGCCUGAGCACUCUGGAGACGCGCCAGAUGAACCGGCGCCACUACGAGAGCUACGUCUGCAAGCGUAUCCCGGGCAAGCAGGCGGUGGUCGUUGUAGCCUGCGAGAACCAGCACAUGAAUGAGGACAUGGUGCUUGAGCCAGGGCUAGUCAUGAUCUUCGCCCAUGGCAUAGAGUGACCCGAAUGUACGGCGGAAGUUCUUUGAGACUACUCUGGGUACUUGCACACGGUGUGGCCGUCUGCAGAAACCCCACUCCCAGCUCCGAGAGAUCUCACCUGGAGGAGACUUUCCUUGCAUUUCCACUUUGGGGCGGGUGGGGCGACCAAUGUGAGGUCUGUCCGAUGCCUAAGCAUGCUCUCUGAAGCUUUAUCUUCAUUUAUGGUGCCGGCUACCUUGGUGCCCCUUGUUUGUGAGACUGUGUGGGCUCUGGCGCUCUCUGGUGGUUUCAAGUUGUUAUUACUGGUGGUGUCAAGUUGUCAGUUUUUACCUGUUGCUAGGGGGUGCGGUUUGAUGACUAAAGGUGUGCCGCAGUCCCUCAUAGAUGAUGUACGAAUGGAAUACCAAGCGUGGCCUGUCCAUUUCCUUGUGUGAGGUGCUCAGACUUGGUUGUCUCACCAGCGACCUCUCAUUUUAUUGUUUUACUCAUCUUCUUUCGAAUCUGUUGCAAUGUUCUUUUUGGCAUUCUCUGAUUUGAACAGCUGUUUCUCUUUUAAGAGCCUGUUGGGUCUGUAGGAGAUUUUGCAUUUUAAACACAUGUUCUUUGUUAAUCUUUUAAACGUUUGCACUGUGCAUUUUUCUCUCCUGUGUUGCAAAGGAGAAUGAGACAGGCCUGCGCAUAGUAGCCUGGGAAGUUGCACGCUGUGCAGGUGUCUUCUGAACUCCCUUGCAAGGCCUAGCGAGCCAUGACCUGGUUUAGAGUGGCACUUCUGAAGCGUAUCUCAACAAGAGCAAAGUCACGCGGUGAAGAGGCGUUUGCUCCGAUAAGCUGUGAUAGAAACCUAUGGUUUUUGUAUUGCCUAGAGCCAAAUGUUGCGAGUGUAUAAAGAGUGGCAUAACAAAUGGUUAGUUUAUGACUUUGUAGUCUGGUCUCAUGGUUUGUGUCUGGAGAUGAUCCCACUUUAUUGCAGCUUCUGAAAGUUGUUCAGUGGAUUCCUGCAGGGCUGUGGAUGAGUCUGCAUGUGAAUGCAAGUGGAACUGUCGUGUGUGUUUGGGAUUUAUUUUACUGCCACUCAAAAGUCACCACCCUUUUAGGGCUUGGCAAGCAAAACAACUGCAGUGCAAGUGUUAAUGCUCGUUCACACAGUUGUGUUGCGUCGUGCAGUACAGAGCCUCCCUAUUAGCUCAUCAUAAGGGUUGCGAUAGCAACAGCUCGAUGCAAGCAGUCUUAAAGGGGCACUAAAGUGCUUUUUUGAGAUACUCGUUUUAUUUUCGUACUUCAAUCUGCGAGCUCUAAUCAUCCUAUAAAAAACCAAAAUUACAUUCAUGCACGGCUGAUUUGCGUAUUAAAAAAAUGCGGUGGCUUAGCUCGGCUGUGUCAGGAUAUACGUAGCGUGAGCUUAUGCUCACAAAAUGAGAGGCGCUAUCAAGCGGCUCCGGUGCAGCGUCGGGCUUGGCUACUGCGCAACGAAGGCGGACAGCUGGGCACGCGGCGGCACCAGUGCGUCUGCCGCGGCUAUGAUGUCGCUCCUCUGGAAUGUGCAGACCGGCGAGGCGCGCACGGUGGUGGUGGUGGAGCGGGCGGCGGCGGCGGCUCCAGCGCGCCAGCUGUGUGCCGUGUGACGUCACUGCUCCUCGCGCAUGCACAGACCGGCGAGGCGCGCGCGGCGGUGGCGGCGUCUCUGGCGCGCCAGCUGUGCGCCGUGUGACGUCACUGCUCCUCGCGCUUGCGCAGCACGGAGCACGGCUCAUUAUACUAGCCACGCGAAACUGCUCAACCUCGGCCAGUGUAGCUCACGCUACAAAAGGUUAUCAAAGUUCCCGAUGCUUACCGUCGGCGCAGAAUGACAGAUGGUGCUACCGAACUUUGCUGAAUAUGGUUGAACGACGGACGGCGCCUGUCAGCCACUCGAGAGCGAUGGGUUCCCGCGUGGACGAGUGGGACUGAUUGGCCGCACUUCCACAUGAGAACCCAUCGCUCUCCAGUGGCUGAUGGGCGCCGUCUGUAGUUUGGCCAUAGUCAGCAAGGUAGCGCCAUCUGCCGUUUUGCGCCGACGGUAAGUGUCGUGAACUUUGAUCACUUUUUUAAUAUGCAAAUCGGCCACGCAUGAAUGUAAUUUUGGUUUUUUGGGGAUGCUUAGAACUCGUAGAUUGAAUUAUGACCAUAAAACAAGGAUCUCAAAAAGCACUUUAGUGCCCCUUCAACGCUGCCAAAUGCAACUGUGUGGACGAGCCUUUUCUCUUGUGUGGUGUGUUUUUGCAUCUUGCUAUGCAAAGAUAGGUACUCCCACAUGUGGCAUUCCUCUUCCAUAUGUUCGGCGGUGGCUUUGAACCUGAUGCAAUAGCUGAAUGGAAUCGAACUCUCCGCAUAUUUCGUGAAAGCUGAUUUGUGUGCCUUAUUUCACUGCAGCAAAACUCUGCGUGCUGCGACUGUUUUCAGUUGUCCUCAUACCUGUAAGGUUGCUGUCUGACUUUACCUUCGUACAAAAUUGAUGGGCUCAUUUCAUCUUUGUUUGUGUUCUAUUUAUUUCUAAAGUUAUUUACUAUGGUCUGUUUUCUUAGCAUAUCAGAUGAAUCUUGUAUUACCUUUGUAAUAAACCAGCACACCAAUUGAUAAUCUGUGCUGCUAUUUUUUUCUA